AUGGUAACGCUUAUCCAAGCAUUAGGUCAAAGAUAUGAUGGCGAUAUUAGAAUUGGAUUUUGGCAAAUUGGAUUUUUGGGGCAUUGGGGUGAAUGGCAUACUUAUCCGAAUGCUACUUAUUUUGCGUCAAUUACACAUCAAAAUCAAAUUACCGCUGCUUUUACUUCUUCUUUUACUAAAACAAAGCUUCAACUUCGUUAUUUCUCUGUGACGGGAAAUUACAAUCCUAUAAAUUUGAAUAUUGGAUUUCAUGAUGAUUCAUUCUUUCAAGACACGUAUGGACAAUCGUGGAUGUUUUAUAAUACGAGUGUCACUGUAGGAGCAACUAAUCAAUGGAGAAGUCAACCAAUUGGUGGUGAAGUUCGUCCUGAAUUGAUGCCCUGUGCAUUUGCAAAUAAUCCUACAAUAGUUUGUCAAUCAAUAACUGGAUUAAAACCUUUGGAUUGGUCUACUUGUGUUCAAUUAACUCAUUCAACAUAUCAAUGGCUUUCCUAUGCUUUCAACACACCUGGAUAUUCUGAUUUGGAUUAUAGCAGAGCUGUCAAUGGAUCAAUCAUGCAAGGAUAUUCUUUCUUUGUAUCUCAAAUAGCUGUAAGUGAAAUAACUUGCUCAGCAUUGUCACAUGUCAUGAGAAUCAGUGUUACGAUGUCAAAUGUCGGAGUCGCACCCUUUUAUUAUCCAUUAACUCUGAAUGUCAAAGCUGCUGAUAGUACAAACAAAUCUGCAGCGAUUUACAAAUCGAUCUCUGUUCCUAUUUCGAAUCAACUUGAUCAAUUUUCUUUUGUUUAUUCUUUCGAUGUGACAGUACAAACCUAUGCGAAUAUACAAUUUUCCAUUUGGCUCAAUAGUCCAUAUCUUGUUGGAAAUCAGACAAUCGUAUUCGCUAUUUCCGGUGCCAAUACUUCAGGAAUCAUUGAACUUCCGGCAGUACCUAUCGAGCCUUGCGGAACGCAGAGUGUGACUGCAGGUUGUGCCUCUUAUAUCAAUUCUGCUCAAAUCAAUGGAACACUGGGUACCUCAUAUACUAUUCGUUCCAAUACUAAUGAUUUCCAUGAUCAGUGUUUGUCAUCUGUAUCUUACAACACUGGUAUUGCACUCAAAAAGACUAUUUAG